AUGUCACCCGAAAACAAACAAUCUCAGGCUGGCCCUAUUGCUGAGUCCACUGCUGUGACUGACAAAGGCACGAAGACCAAACCGAAAGCACCGAGUGCGAGCACAAAGACAGUUUGGAAGUCCAGUGACAAUGCUGUGUUGAUAGCAACACUUCUGAAGGAACGGGAGGGUCAUCAAUCUGACUCAGGAUUCAAACCGAAGUCAUUCAUUGCUUGCGCGGAAGCACUCAAAGGGAGUGAGAAGACAAGUGGAGAUGUUGCGAAGACAUCUGGCUCAUGUCAUGAUCAUUGGGGAAAGCUCAAAAAAGACUUCGCUAUUGUAACUGCCCCACCAGAUGUCUGGGAGAAAUAUCUCACAACACACACAAAAGCAAAAGUCUGGAGGAAGAAAUCUUUUCCACUCUAUGACAGCAUCCAGAUUCUUGUCAAGGGGAUUAUUGCAACUGGCGAAAAUGUCUUUUGUGUGGGCAUGACUACCACAACCAAAAUUGUUGACACCACCCUCCCAUUCAACUAUCCUGCUGAUUCAGGUGAAGAACAUGAAUUGUUGGAUGAUGAAAAUGAUGAGGAUGUCAAUGACUUGCAGACACCCAUCAAAUGGAAAUGUUCAGCUGAAAUGACACCAUUUGGUAGUAGCCGCAAGUGCCAGUCAACUGGCUGUGCCAUCCAUCGUUCUUCGAGUGGUCGUGGCUCAGGUACUGAUGCCAUGUUUUCAGUUGCUGGAGCUAUUGAGACACUUGCUGAUAAAUUUGACGAGUCUGGUGGGCUCACUUCUCCAGAAUGUUGUAGUGCUGCCAUCCACUGUCUCAAAGAUGAUGCUGAGUUGUCCGAAACUGAGCAGGUGACAGCCGUUUGGUUGUUCUCUCGUCAAACUGCAAUUGCAGAUUCAUACCUCACAAUCAAGAAAAAGUCAACUCACACUUGUUACAUUCAGUCAGAGUUAGCUGAAUUUAGUCUAGGAUAG